UGUCUCGUGCUCUGGCUACCCGCGUGCGUCGCGGCCCACGGCUUACGUAUCCAUGACUACUUAUAUUUCCAAGUGCUGAGUCCCGGGGACAUUCGCUACAUCUUCACAGCCACGCCUGCCAAGGACUUUGGUGGUAUAUUUCACACACGGUAUGAGCAGAUUCACCUUGUCCCUGCUGAACCUCCAGAGGCCUGUGGGGAACUCAGCAACGGCUUCUUCAUCCAGGACCAGAUUGCUCUGGUGGAAAGGGGGGGCUGCUCCUUCCUCUCCAAGACGAGGGUGGUACAGGAGCAUGGUGGGCGGGCUGUGAUCAUCUCGGACAAUGCAGUUGACAAUGACAGUUUCUACGUGGAGAUGAUCCAGGAUAGUACUCAACGCACAGCUGACAUUCCUGCCCUCUUCCUGCUCGGCCGAGAUGGCUACAUGAUCCGACGCUCUCUGGAACAGCAUGGGCUGCCAUGGGCCAUCAUCUCUAUCCCAGUCAAUGUCACGAGUAUCCCCACUUUUGAGCUGCUGCAACCUCCCUGGACUUUCUGGUAGAAAAGCUUACCCCAGGUUCCAGCCACAGGUGACUCACUGGGAAGAAAAAAACCCUAAGAUUCUGCCAUUUGGAGUUUGGAGAUAGACUCUGAGGACAAGUAGAGCCGGGGAUGGGACAGGGAAGCCACACUCGUGGCUUUCCCUUCCUUAGGGCCUGCAAGGACAUCUCAUGCUCCAGUAAGAGGCAAGAACCAGGCCCAAGACGUCUGGGUAGAAUUUGGAACAAAAGGUGCUGAAGGCAGGUGGCCUUCUCCUCGGCCACCUGUCACACACCAGUUUUCCAGCCUCCCACAUCCCGGACUUCCUCACAGUGACUCUUGUAGCUCUUGCUGAAGUGGUUUAAAGAAAUAGUUAUUCUGGGCCUAAGGAUUCUCUACUCUUUAGCAAUAAAGGUAAAUAAAGUUCA